AUGGCAAAUCAAACUGCCGUUAACUUCCUUAAAUUACCGGCAGUCACCACACUAGAUUUUUCGAAUCAUCGAUACGGAUCGAUUCCAAUACGAUCUUUGGCUCGUGCAUUACAACACAACUCAACGAUCACCACACUAGAUCUCGAAAAUAAUGAAAUUGGAGAUGUUGGAGCACGAUCUUUGGGUCAUGCAUUACUAUACAACACAACAAUCACCGCACUAAAUCUCUCACAUAAUCGAAUCGGAGAUGUUGGAGCACAAUCUUUGCGUCGUGCAUUACUAAACAACACAACAAUCACAACACUAGAUCUCCAUUAUAAUGAAAUCGGAGAUGAUGGAGCACAAUCCUUGAGUCAUGCAUUACGAUACAACUCAACACUCACCACACUAAAUCUUUGGAACAAUGGAAUCGCAGAGGUUGGAGCACAAUCAUUAGGUGAUGCAUUACCGCACAACUCAGCACUCACUACACUAAAUCUCUGGAACAAUCGAAUUGGAGACGCUGGAGCACAAUCUUUAGGCGAUGGUUUACAACACAACUCAACACUUACCACACUAAAUGUCCAAUGUAACCAAAUCAGAAAUGUUGGAGCACAAUCUUUGGGAAAUGCAUUACAACAAAACACAACACUCACCACACUAAAUCUCUCGUUCAAUGAAAUUGGAGCGGUUGGAGCACAAUCUUUAGGAGAUGCAUUACAAUACAACUCAACACUCACCACACUAAAUCUGUCGCACAAUGGAAUCGGAGAUGUUGGAGCACAGUCAUUAGGUGUUGUAUUACAGCAUAACUCAACACUCACUACAUUAAAUCUCUCGUUCAAUAAAAUCGGAGAUGUUGGAGCACAAUUUUUAGCUAAUGCAUUACAGUACAACUCUACACUAACCGUACUAAAUCUCUGGGAUAAUUAUAUCGGAAAUGAUGGAACAAAAUCUUUUGGUGAUGCAUUACAACAAAACAAAACACUCACCAUACUAACCGUCUCAGGUAAUCGGAUCGGAGAUGAUGCGAUGAAUAUAAUCGUUAAAUUACUCGAACGGAAUAGUGGAGCAGGCCUCGAAAUUGGUCCACUUCCUUCUGGCUCACCAUGGCCCACAUCGAGCCUUCAAUAUUGUAAACCCACCCGGCCCAAUGAUGCUUAA